GGAGUGUGCGUAUGAGGGCCGAAUGGAGAGAGAGAGAGAGUGUGUUGCUGGCUGCUAACAAUGAACGGACAAAUGACACCGAAACUGUGAGCUAUAGAAUAUAGAGAGAGGUACAUAGAUAGAGAGAGAGAAAACAGAACGGGGCUGAAAGUGUGUGGGAGAUUCAGAGAGGUUCUUUCUCUUUCUUCUUCUCCUGCUCGAAAUCCAUAGCUGAAAAUAAAAGAAUAAGAAACUCCGUUUGCGCAAAGCAAUGUCUGUAAUUCCCAAAAUCCAAUGCCUCUUCAUCUUUCUCACGGACUUUGACGUUUCUUUCAUGCAAUAAAUGAAUUAUUAAAAUAAUAUUAUUGCACUAAAAAAGAAAAGAGGAAACGGAGCCCCAAAAUCCGAGCAGAGCUUUGACGGAGAAGAUGGAAGCUAAAAUGCAGUUUGAAGUAUUUCUUUUUCUCUGCUCCAAAAUUUGAAGAUCUCGAACGACAAUGCAAUUUCUAGAAGACUCUGAUCGCAGAGCUCUGAUCCGGCUUCAAACGGCAAAUCUCCGACUUUCGCCGAAAAUCGCUACCAUUCCCCGAGUGAUUUCGUUUAUUCGAUAAGUUUCAGCUCCGAGUGUAUUAGGCAAAAGAGAGAGCAGAGUCAAUGUCGUUUUGUUAGUUAAUCAAUUAGCACCAGAUCGAAGCUUGAGUUUCUUUCUUUGGUCGAUUUGACCGGGAAAAAAAAAUGGCGUCUUCGUGGGAACAUUUUGGGGAGAUUGCGAAUGUUGCUCAACUCACUGGCUUGGAUGCCGUACGGCUCAUCGGGAUGAUUGUGAAGGCUGCGACUACGGCAAGAAUGCACAAGAAGAAUUGCAGGCAAUUCGCAACGCAUCUUAAGCUGAUUGGUAACUUGCUGGAGCAGCUCAAGAUCUCGGAGCUUAAGAAGUACCCGGAGACGCGGGAGCCACUGGAGCAGCUCGAGGAUGCUCUUAGGAGAUCCUACAUUUUGGUGAAUAGCUGCCAGGACCGUAGCUAUCUCUAUUUGCUUGCAAUGGGAUGGAACAUUGUGUACCAGUUCAGAAAGGCUCAAAAUGAAAUUGAUAGAUAUUUGCGGCUUGUCCCUCUGAUUACCCUUGUGGACAAUGCUCGAGUCAGGGAGAGGCUUGAAUAUAUUGAACGGGAUCAGUGUGAGUACACAUUGGAUGAAGAGGAUAGAAAAAUGCAAGCUGCAAUUUUGCAACCUGAACCCUUGAAAGAUGACACUGCAGUCCUGAAGAAAACCCUUUCUUGUUCCUACCCAAAUUUGCCCUUUAAUGUAGCACUUAAGAAGGAAAAUGAAAAGCUUCAACUUGAACUACAACGAUCGCAAGCUCAUUUAGAUGUGGAUCAAUGUGAAGUAAUUCAGCGUUUGAUAGAUGUUACAGAAGCUGCUUCUUCGAACUCUCCUCCAGAGAAGAAUUCGUCUGAAAAAAGUCACAAGAAAGUGGAACGCAACUAUUCAGAUGCCAACAGUGAGACAGAGCACUCAUAUGAUGAUAACUAUCAUAAGAAAACUGAUGCUCACACAACUUCCAGAAAUAAUUCUUCGGUUUCUUCUGGACAUGAUUUGCUAUCAAGCAGGGGUUCAUAUCGGCAUGAAGAAUGGCAUACUGAUCUACUCGGUUGUUGUUCAGAACCUUAUCUGUGUAUAAAAACGUUCUUUUAUCCUUGUGGGACGUUUUCAAAGAUUGCUACUGUGGCAACUAACAGGCACAUGUCUCCUGCUGAAGCAUGUAACGAAUUGAUGGCGUAUUCAUUGAUUUUGUCAUGCUGUUGCUACACUUGCUGUAUUAGGAGGAAACUUCGUAAGACAUUGAACAUCACGGGAGGCUUUAUAGAUGAUUUCCUUUCCCACUUUAUGUGUUGCUGCUGUGCUCUUGUCCAAGAAUGGCGAGAAGUUGAAAUGCGUGGGAUAUAUGGUCCUGAAAAGACGAAAACAAGCCCACCACCAUCACAGUAUAUGGAAUCUUGAGUCAUAGAUGAAGACGUUGUUCAGUAUUGUGAGAUACAUAUACCUUAAAGGCCAUAUAUAUAGGUUAUGCUCUGUUGCUGAAGUUAAAAGAAAACAUGUAAUGUGAAUUUAUGUCUCAUUAAUUCUCUUUCUCAUAUGUAAAGUGGUUUUUGUUUUUAAUAUUUUAGAUUCAGCAUGUAUCAUAAAUUUUUUAUGAUAUAGUGUUGCUGGAGCUAUUUGCUUCUUCUUUUCUUUUUGAUAAUUGUUUGACUUAUUCGCUUCAGUUGUAUAUAUAUAUAUCAUGAUGUUUAUCCA